GGGGGGAAUAACCAAGGCUGCUUGAGAUUAACGGGCCGGGGAAACGAGGCCAGGUUUGAGGAGAUUUCUUUGGCGGGCGAAUAAAACCUUAUUGUACUGAGGGGAUAAUGAAAGCUCGCUAUCUUGGCUAUAUUGCAGUGCACACUGAAGAUGAUGACAACACUGUAAUAAUUGAUGAUUCAGAAAUGGAAGAUACAGAAAAUGGACCUGAAACUCAAGGGAAGUGUGAUGGUCGCUAUGUAACUCAUCUUACAUAUGAAGGUAAUGAAGAUUUAUUGGAUAUAGAGGAGCAAGCUGGAUCACAGGAAAAUCUUUCAACAAGUGCGCCAAGGCUCAGUCGCAAUCCAGAACAAAUGGAAUUAGUUUAUUUACGUAAAAGGCGCCGACUUGCAUCCUCUCUAACGGGGAUGAGAGCCAAAGAGCCUGAAUAUGAAGAUGGAGAUGUUAUUUAUGAAUACGACCCUGAUGAUGAAUGUGGGAGUGUUGUAUCUGAAGCUUCAUGUGCAGGAGAUCAGCAGAAAACACUUAUGGAAGUCCUUAAUUAUUGUCAGGCCAUGUAUGAUGCCAUUCUGAAACUGGAUGAGAAGUUUGAGAGCCUUCAUCGCAAGGUCUCAGAAAUGCAACACACCCGGUUAAAGCCUUUACUUUUAAAACCAAGGCCACUUAGGUUUAUGUACAGAAGUCCUAGAAAUCUCUCACCUGGAAAAAUCAGAAUCCAGAAGGCAACAGAAAGAAAGCCAAGUCAGAUCUUACCCCCUGGGCAUGGAUGUCAGAGCCAACCCAUGAAGGUUAAGCUACAAAGAGCUCCUAUUUUGACCAGAUCUGCGGUUAAGCCAGUUCCACACACCCUUCAACCUGAAUCACAGCCCCCUGUGCACAGGCAGAGUCCACCACUUCCUACAAUUGUUUCCACCCGUUCACUGUGUCCCCCAUUCAACAUGGCUAGUGACAUGCCUAAUAUUCCUUCACAAACCAAUCUAGCAAACUUAGCCAACGAAAGCUCUGUUACUGUGGCAGCUUUGGCAAUAGCCUCACCAGUGGUGUCAUCAGUAGCAUCUACACCACCAGCAGCUAAUUUGGAGAGAAACAAUAGGACAGUGACUAACAGAACUUCACCUGGAAGUAGAAGUAUUCGUAAUGAGCCACCUUCGUCAUCUUCUGUUUCUGCCAGUUCAGCAGUUGCCUCUAGUCGUUUAUUGAAUGCACCAGUUACAGCUAAUAAGAUGUGUGACCUUCCUUCACAAGCUAGUCUUUCAACUACUGAUGGUCCCGCUCAGGUAGAAUCUUCAGCUGUACCCUCACCAGUGAUAUUACCUGAAACCAGUUUGGAGAGGGGGAAAAAAUUGGUAACUUACAGAACUUCAACCGGUGGUACAGAUAUUAGUAAUGAGGUACCCUCUUCUUCUUCUUCUAUGAGUCAUAAUUUUGAGUUCAUUGGUGAUCCAAAGCGGAAUGUGAAGGUCCUUGGCAACUAUUUGAUGAAAGCGUGGCAAAAGACCGUGCCAAAGUAUGCUGCGCGCUACUUGGUCCGGGUUUUGUUCCCAAAAGAAACAUUGCUAUGCAGUGUUAUGGGUACAAGAGCUCGAGGACGCAGGACACUAGACCCAAACAAGGUCGCUGCAAUCAGAGAAUUUCUUGCUGCUUAUUUCCCAAGUUAUGAUCUAAGUGAGCGUGGGAAAGACUGGAAAACCUGUAUUACAAAUGUGAAUGCAAUGAUCCGCUGCUUACGUUAUGAAAGCAAAACAAGUCCAAUCACUGAGGGAAAAGAGAAAGCUCCUGAAGCUCCAGACACAUCCAUGUGUGUAGAUUUAAUUGAUAUUGAGGAAGAGAGUGACAUCAAUUCUCAAACCAGUUCAAUAUCAAACCAGCUUCAAAAUUCAACAGGGGAUAAUAAUAAAAACACACCUUCUUCCAGUGAACCGCCUUCUUUAGAGCCAAUGGCACAUCUUGGGAACCCAUCAAGGAAUGUCCAGUUGCCCUUUUCAGUUAUUUUUGCAGCCAAAGGAAAAACUCGGCCAGAACUUUCAGCACGCUACCUGAUACGUCAUCUGUUCACAGAGAAUAUCCUGAUAAAAAGCAAUGUGUAUGGCAACCUGGACCGUGGCACACAUCCACUGGACUGCAACAAAAUAAACGCUCUCAGAGACUUUCUGCAAGAGACUUACCCAUCUUUUGAGCUGAAGGAAACUGGAUAUGACUGGAAAGCAUGUGUUGCAGCUAUAAACAGCACAAUUCGCAGCCUGAGAUUUGACCAUAAAAAGGCCUCAUCUGGAGUCCAAAGCAAAGUGUCAGCUAAACCACCUCCACUGUCACGAAGUUCAAAAUGUUCCCUGUGAAACCCUGUCGCAGUAUAACAAUAUAAAAGCAACUUUCUAGUCUGUCAGCCAUAACUGUGUUAGAUGUAGCCUCUGCUACAGUCACAGUGGACUUUUUUCAAGAUGUGGUACAAUAGUUUAUUUUCAGUAGCUGUCAACUGGAGAGUUUUAGUAUUCUUAACAAAAUGAAAUUUAGUAGAUCAGAGUAAGAAUUUGGUUUCUAUCUUGUGUCAGUGAUGCUUCUGUCUGCUGUAGAGGAUGACAGGCAUUAAGGAAACUCAUUCUCAAUGCACAGUGUCUUCUGCUGAGAAAUGCUAUUCCUAAGAGAAAUUACCUGCAAAUGGUAUGUGCAUGUUAGUUACACUGGACAUGGGUUACAAGGUAGAAUACAGUGGUACCUUGGUUCUCAAACGGCGAAAACCCAGAAGUAAGUGUUGCAGUUUGCAAAUGCUUUUCGGAAGCUGAACGUCCGAUGUGGCUGUCGGCUAUUGUUUCCAGGGCGCCUGAACCAGAAGCUGUGCCUUGGUUUUUGAACAUUUCAGAAGUUAAACAGACUUCUGGAAUGGAUUAAGUUUGGCACUUUUGUUUUUGCUAUUUAUUUCGUGUUUUUGUUUUUGAGGCUUUUUCGGUUAAUUUGUUUUUGUGACUGUGUGGAACCCAGUUCAGCUACUGAUGCAUUGAUUGAGUGACUGCAGAAAUGGAUAAAAGCCCCCCAUCCAAACAAUGACUAUCAUCAGUGAAGUUAAGAAUAUAUU